CCCUGCGGUGGCUGCCGAUUCCUUGCCGAACCCGGAGUGCCUGGCUGGUGGCUGGCAUAAGCCACCCCCUCCGCGUCCUCAUGGAACCCGGUACCACCCUGCUCCCCCGAAGCACAUCCCUCCUGCCGCCAUCGGGGUCGCAUGUGAACCUUUGCGCACCGCCCCAGAACAGUUAACACCCAGGAACCCGGCGCAGGAAGGUGCAGCCAAGAGGAACCGAGCCGGGGGCGGAACCAGGCUGGAGCCACGUCCCGCGCCAGCUCCCGGCCUCCCAUUGGCCUGCGUGCCUGUCCGUCCGCCCGGCACCGGCCCGCGCCUCUUUCUCCGCUACCUCUGCGCGUGUGGGGCGGGCUCCCCCCCGGCAGAGCAAGCCGGAGCUGGCGCCCGCUGCUAGGAGCUCGCGGGAGGCCGGGCGGGGCGGUGCCAGGACCGAGCAUCACGGGCUGUAACGCCGCGGCCUCUCUGCCUGCAGCAGCACCACCUGGCGCGGGCCAGGGUUCGUUUCCAAAUAUUCUGGAAGAUAGAGAAGAAACGAUCGGUCGCAUCCCCCAAAUAAAUUGAAAAGGGAGAGAAAAGAUGUUUUCCCGGGUAAGAGCUGUUACCACUCCUUGUGCUUUGACAUGCCGCCGCCAUUUGCACCUGAAGGAGAAAGGCAAGCCACUCAUGUUGAAUCCAAGAACAAACAAGGGGAUGGCGUUUACGUUACAAGAGCGACAAAUGCUUGGUCUUCAAGGACUUUUACCUCCUAAAAUAGAGACGCAAGAUAUUCAAGCCUUACGAUUCCAUAGAAACUUGAAAAAAAUGACUAACCCUUUAGAAAAAUACAUCUAUAUAAUGGGCAUACAAGAAAGAAAUGAAAAACUGUUUUAUAGAAUACUGCAAGAUGAUAUUGAAAGUCUGAUGCCAAUUGUAUAUACACCAACAGUUGGGCUUGCCUGUUCCCAAUAUGGACACAUCUUUAGACGACCUAAGGGAUUGUUUAUUUCAAUCUCAGAUAGAGGUCAUGUCAGAUCAAUUGUGGAUAACUGGCCAGAAAAUCAUGUUAAGGCUGUUGUGGUGACCGAUGGAGAGAGAAUUCUGGGUCUCGGAGAUUUGGGUGUCUAUGGAAUGGGGAUUCCAGUAGGAAAGCUUUGUUUGUAUACAGCAUGUGCAGGAAUACAGCCUGAGAAGUGCCUGCCUGUGUGCAUCGACGUGGGGACUGAUAAUAAUGCACUAUUAAAAGAUCCAUUUUAUAUGGGCUUGUAUCAGAAGCGAGAUCGUUCCCAACUCUAUGAUGACCUAAUUGAUGAGUUUAUGAAGGCGAUUACUGACAGAUACGGCCGGAACACACUCAUUCAGUUUGAAGACUUUGGGAAUCAUAAUGCAUUCAGGUUCUUAAAAAAAUACCAGCAAAAAUACUGUACCUUCAAUGAUGAUAUCCAAGGGACAGCUGCAGUCGCUUUGUCGGGCCUUCUUGCGACCCAAAAAGUUCUUAAGAAACCAGUCUUAGAACACAAAAUCUUAUUUCUUGGGGCAGGAGAGGCUGCACUUGGAAUUGCAAAUCUUAUAGUUAUGUGUAUGGUGGAAAGCGGUCUCUCAGAAGAGGAAGCACGGAGGAAGGUCUGGAUGUUCGACAAGAACGGCUUAUUAGUUAAGGGGCGGACUGCCAGCAUCGAUAGUAACCAGGAACCAUUUGCUCACUGGGCCCCAGAGAACAUACCUGCAACUUUUGAAGAUGCAGUGAAUGAACUUAAGCCCUCAGUUAUAAUUGGAGUGGCAGGUGCUGGCCGCCUUUUUACUCCCGGCGUGAUCAAAGCCAUGGCCUCUAUCAAUGAAAGACCCAUCAUUUUUGCGCUGAGUAAUCCUACGGCACAGGCUGAGUGCACCGCUGAAGAGGCGUACACACUUACGGAGGGCAGGUGUCUGUUCGCCAGCGGCAGCCCGUUUGAGCCAGUGAAACUCCAUGAUGGACGAGUCUUCACCCCAGGCCAAGGAAACAAUGCGUAUAUUUUUCCAGGUGUGGCUUUAGCUGUUAUUCUCUGUCAAACCCGGCACAUCAGUGACAGUGUUUUCUUGGAAGCUGCAAAGGCCCUGACAAGUCAAUUGACAGAUGAAGAGUUAGCCCAAGGGAGGCUUUACCCGUCACUUGCUAAUAUUCAGGAAGUUUCUGUUAACAUAGCUAUUAAAGUUGCAGAAUACCUGUAUGCUAAUAAAAUGGCUUUCCGAUACCCAGAACCUGAAGACAAGGCCAAAUACAUUAAAGAGAGAAUAUGGCGGAGUGAUUAUGUUUCCCUGCUGCCGGAUGUGUAUGAUUGGCCAGAGUCUUCAUUGAAGCCUCCUCAGAUAUCAGAAUAGACGCUUUCCCAUUAAGACGCUCCAUGCUGCGGGGAACCACUAUUUUUAGACAAAAAGAUAACAUUCUCAGAGUUGCAGUGUCAUCUGUGUGUUAUUCCUCCACACUG